AUAAUUGAGGAAGUACGGAGCUGCAAACACUCUGUGAUACACUGAAUGUACUCACUCAAGAUCUACACAAAUAAUUACUUUAACAAAUUCAAACUUAGCCCCAGACACACAAUAUACAGCUAGUAUUGCACACAUCACACUUUCCUGCUUCUGUCGUGACUGCUGCACAUGACCCAGCAACAGGAUGCCACACCCAGCAGGAGCAGCUGGACACCCCCACCAUCACACACCCAGUUUUGUGGUCCCUGGGAGAUGAAAGAGCGUUUGGGAACAGGAGGAUUUGGAUAUGUCCUGCGAUGGAUCAACAGGGAGACCGGUGAACAAGUUGCUAUUAAGCAGUGCCGACAAGAACUGAGUCCUAAGAACAGGGAACGAUGGAGUCUGGAAAUCCAAAUCAUGAAAAAGUUAAACCAUAGGAAUGUGGUAUCUGCUCGUGAAGUUCCAGAGGGGCUGCAGAAGCUGGCCCCUAAUGACUUGCCUCUUUUGGCCAUGGAAUACUGCGAGGGAGGUGAUUUGCGCAAGUACCUGAACCUGUAUGAAAAUUGCUGUGGACUUAAGGAGGGAGCAAUACUGACCCUGCUGUGUGACAUCUCUUCUGCACUCCGGUACCUUCAUGAAAACCGAAUCAUCCACCGAGACUUGAAACCAGAAAAUAUUGUUUUGCAACCAGGAGAGCAAAGGCUAAUCCACAAGAUUAUUGAUUUGGGAUAUGCAAAGGAGUUGGAUCAGGGCAGUCUGUGCACAUCCUUCGUGGGAACCCUGCAGUAUCUGGCGCCAGAAUUACUGGAGCAGCAGAAGUACACCGUGACUGUUGAUUACUGGAGCUUUGGGACACUGGCCUUUGAAUGCAUAACAGGAUUCAGACCUUUCCUUCCAAACUGGCAACCUGUUCAGUGGCACAGUAAGGUGCGUGAAAAGAGUAACGAGCAUAUUGUAGUGUACGAAGAUCUUUCAAGGGCUGUGAAGUUCUCCAGUUUCUUACCCACUCCCAAUCAUCUAAGUGGGAUCCUUGCAAGCAAAUUGGAGCGUUGGCUUCAGUGUAUGUUAAUGUGGCAUCCUAGACAGAGGGGCACUGAUCCACAGAACCCAGAUGUCGGUUGCUUCCAAGCCUUAGACUCCAUCCUCAGCCUCAAGCUACUAUCUGUUCAAAACAUGGUCACUGGUCGAGUGCACACCUACCCAGUGACACCAGAGGAUAAUCUGCAGUCUCUGAAGCGCCACCUUCAGGAAGACACUGGGAUACCAGAAGAGGAACAGGAACUACUGCAAGCCUCUGGCCUAGCGCUAAACCCUCACCAACCCAUCAUACAGUAUGUCUCAGACAGAACGAUCAAUGAUGGGCGUCAGGGUGAAAGCGAUCUUAUAUUUCUCUUCGAUAAUAGUAAAACGGUGUAUGAGCCCCCGAUAUUGCUGCGUCCCCACCCCGAAAGUGUCACAUGGAUAUUGCAGGAUCCCAAGUGUGCUUUACAAUACGUCCAGCUCCGCAGGGUGUGGGGCCAAAUAUGGCAAACAAUACGAGCCCUAAAAGAGGACUGUGCACGCCUGCUUCAGGGACAACGUGCCACUAUGGUGAAUCUCCUACGGUAUAACACAGAACUUUCUAAAAAGAAGAAUUUAAUGACAUCAGAGUGUGAACAGCUUAAAGCCAAAUUAGAUUUCUUCCGAAGUAGCAUCCAGAUUGAUCUAGAUAAAUACAGUGAACAGAUGGAAUUCGGAAUCAGUACGGAGCGCAUUACCAGUUCGUGGCGGGAGGUAUUAGCGGCUCUGAAUGAUUGUAACACGGAACAGGAGGUGCAACAUCUAGUAGAAAAAAUGAUGGUGUUGCAGACAGAAAGUGUUGAUCUGCAGAGAAACCCACUUGGCAGGCGACAUCGUGGGACACUUGAUGAUAUAGAAGAGCAAGCAAAGGAUGUUUAUCGAAGGCUACGAGAGAGACCAAGAGAUCAGAGAAACGAGGGGGACAGCCAGGAGAUGGUCCGUCUACUCCUACAGGCCAUCCAAAGCUUUGAGAAGAGGGUCCAGUUGAUAUAUGACCAGCUCAGUAAGACAGUGCAGUGCAAGCGCAAGGCCUUGGAGCUGUCCCCUAGGGUAGACGAGGUGAUGAACCAGAUGCGAGACGAUGAGAGAAUGGUGGUGAAGAGACAGGAGAAAAGACAACAGGAACUGUGGAAUCUGCUUAAAAUUGCAUGUAGUAAGGUUCGGGGUCCUGUGAGUGGCAGCCCAGACAGCAUAGAGACAUCUCAGUUACCUGCCCCAGCCCAGCUAAUGUCUCAGCCCAUAAUUUUACCAGAGUAUGUAAAGAGAAGUGAGGAAAUUCUGUUGGAGUCUCGAAGCCUCUGUGGACAGCUCGAGAUGUCAAUGAAUACUCUGCUGAGAUCACAGAACACCGAUUUUAUGUCUUUGGAUUGGUCAUGGCUUUCUUUGCCGGAUGAGGAAUCAGGAAGAAGUAAUGUCACUGCCACAUGAGCCAGAGAGGCAGCAUUGGGACUGGAAGGUCAUAAAGAUGGAUUCUGUGCCUUUAGAUCACUAUUCCUGUUAAGGAUUUGCCGUACAGCAGCACUUAGCCAUACAGCAAGUUCUCCACCCUAACCAAUAUGUGUUUUAAAGUAUUAUUAUAGCUCAUAUACCAAAAACAAAAUAUCUGGAUGAUGGCCAAAUUUAAGGGAGCGUUAUAUAUAUAUAUUAUAUAUAUUAUAUAUAUAUAUAUAUAUAUAUAUAUAUAUAUAUAUAUAUAUAUAUUUAAUUAGUUUUUUUUAAAGUUGAUGCAAUUAGAAAAAAAAACUAUCUUAAUUAAUGUGUGCUUCUUUAAAGCCAACUGCAGUUUAUCAUCAACAGAAACAUGAAGGUAUAUUUUUCUUUGCAUAUACAUGUGAAAUAAAACCUUUUAUUAGAAUUUCUUUUAAAUAAAGAUUUUUUUUUAGUA